UGAUUGAAAAAGUAAUUGCAAUUAAAUUAGUUGCAAUUAAACUUUAGAUUAUUUCCAAUUAAAAUUUCGACGCUAAACAUCAACAAGGGCGCUGGACCCGAUGACCUUCCAAACAUAUUAAAAAAAAAAACUGCGCUGUUAGUCUCUGCGAACCUAUUAUACACAUUCUAGACAAAUCCACAGAAACAGGCAAUUUUACAUUUGCCUUGAAAAUAAAAAUCAGAUGAUCAAUCUAAAGUUAUAAACUUCAGACCAAUAUGCAUUCAGUCGUCGUUGGCCAAGUUGUUCGAAAAAAUAAUUCUUCCACAGCUAACAUUUGCAUUCAGACACAUAAUUACUACUAAGCAACAUGGGUUCCUCGGAGGCAGGUCGACAAUCACAAACCUAUACAUUUACAUCAAGGCAAAUUUCAACUCGUUAGGCAAGGAACGUAAUGUUCAUGUAUUGCAUACCGACUUUAGUAAGGCUUUCGAUAUGGUGGACCACGAAUUAUUAUUAAAAGAAAACUAAAUCAAUAUGGGAUUAAACAUAAAGCACUCCAGUGGCUUCGCUCAUAUCUCACUGGCAGACAACCGCGUGUGCGCGUAAAGGGCCACUUGUCAAGAGAGUACGACGUUGUAUCUGGAGUCCCGCAAGGGUCACACCUUCGCCCAAAUUUAUUCAACAUUUUUAUAAACGAUAUCGAUAUUAAUUUAAUUGCAAUUACUUUUUUUAUAACAAUUAACCUACUUAUAAAUUCGAUGAAAAGUACGGUACAGGCCUGAGAUGUGGAUAGCUAUCAUAUCCACGUUCCAGGCCUAUAUAGGAGGCAUUUUUAAUCAUUAAUUUUUAAUGAUAUUCACAAAACAAUUGGAAAGUUGUUAAUUGCAGAAAAUUACAUUUAACAAUUGAUUAAUUGUUAAUUGCUACCGCUACAAUUAACAAUUAUUUAAUUGUUAUUUUUCACUACAAUUGACAAUUAGUUAAUUGUUAGUUAUAAUUCUGCACAAUUACAAUUAACCAAUUGUUAGUUAUAGUAUAAGCAAAUAACAAUUAAUUAAUUGUUAAUUGAUUUUACAAUUAAAAUUUGCCCAACACUGAUACAUACAUACAUAAGUAAAUUCGUCCUUCCAUUAAAUGUCUCGUUGCAUGCAUCAUUCAAGAGGUCAUCAAUUCUAAAACAGGUAAUACAAAUUUGUAAUUGAACUCUGUAGAGUUGAAUUUCACGAGGAUAUAAUACAUACAUUCAUCUAUCUAAAACAAGUAAAUUUUGGGGAAUUCGCCAAAUGUCCUGUCCAUGAAAUGAAGACAUACAUAAUUACUAAUUAACAAUAUAUCAUUCACUUUUUUAUGAAGAAUAUAAAUUAAUACAUAUGUAUUUAUUAUUUCAUGUCCGCUUUAGUUGCUCCUGGCGAGCAUUGGUUUCAUGGUAAACUGGAGUUUAUGCUAAGUCAGCGCGGGAAACCUCUCUUGGUACAUGACGGUCAUACUUUUGGCAUACAAUACGUACGCAAGGAUAAAAAGUAUUGGCAGUGCAAUUUGUCAAGAAAAUUUAAUUGUAAAGCUCGUGUCACCACCACUGACAAAGGUGAGAUUCUUGUUACAAACAACGAGCACUGCCACACCGAAAUACGUCAGCAUCUACGUAAAGAUUAUCAACGUAAUAAAGUUAUGAUGAAUGCAUUACUGAAUUUGAGCACAAACAUAAGGCGUCAGAGCAACAAUGACAGCACCACAAACAAUUUCAAUAAUUUAAAUAAUUUUUCGGCGUUAGCUUCUCAUAGUAGCAGUUUGUUGAAUGCUGCCGCCACUGCUGCAGUCAUUGGAGCAUCCAAUAGCGGCCAUAUGCAUAGUUUUCACAGUGAGAACGUCGAACAACCGCAGCAUCACAUUCCGGGCGUGGUCGAUUUCACGAAGGAUAGGGGUGAGAAUUCUCCGUCCACCCGCAUCGAUCCUCCCAUUCACAAUCAAUUAACCAUCGACGAAAAUGCCGAUACAUCGGUGCCUUUGGACUGCGGUCUGCGACAAGCUACGGUGACAGCGGGACCAAGUGAUUUUGAAAAAGAAGUAAACAAUCGGGGUAAUAAUUAUAAUGGCACAGCUUGGAAGUGCAAAAAUGAGAUCGUAGACUCCUGAAACCAAAAAAAAAUCAUUAGCUUAAUGCCAUUCGUUUAUAGGAUGAACGCAAAUUAAUUUGUAUUUAUAGGAAAUUUAGUUUACCAAAGACCGGCGACACUCGGAUGCUUUCACUAAAGCGUAUAAAAUACUCGUACUUGUUAAAACUCAACGUACAACACCCAAAUCCAAAGAAUUUUUUUAUCUACAUACCUUUUUCUAAAUAUAAAAUAAAGUUGACAAUUUGUUUUAUUUUAA